UCCUCCUUUCUCCUCCACCUCCACCUCCGCCACCAACAUCUCUCUCCAAAGCUCACCUGAAAUUGUCUCUCUCGCUCUCCCUCCCUGAAAAUGGCGAAAAUGGGAAAGCUCACGAAGCUCAAGUCAGCCAUCAAGAGAUUCCCCUCCUUCUCCAAGCUCUCCCGCAGCAACUCCUCCGCCGCCGCCGUCGCUGCAGAAGACGAUCCCAGGAGCGCCGCCGCCGCCGCCGGAGCGGGCCGCGACGUGAGGGCGGUGUACGUGGGGAAGUCCCGGCGCCGGUACGACGUGAGCGCCGACGUGUUCGAGCACCCGCUGUUCCAGGAGCUGGUCGACAAGUCGUCGCCGUCGUCCUCCUCCUCCCCGCUGUCGAGCGCCGCGGCGGUGGUGUCGUGCGAGGUGGUGCUGUUCGAGCACUUGCUGUGGAUGCUGGAGAACAGCGGCGACGGGGGCGCGCAGCUGGGGUCCACCGACGAGCUGGUCGAGUUCUACACGACUUGUUGACAUCGAGGGGCUUGUCGGGCACCACCGCAUUCUUUUGAUCUCAUUGCGAGUUUGAUGAUGAUGCUGAUGAAUUGAUGAUGAUGAUUAGGAACAAGUGUAAAGAGUUUAGAGAGCUAGAUUUGAAAAAUAAAGAGAAAAUUGAGGCGAUGAUGAGUGUCUGUUAUCCCAUAGUUUCAUUUAUAUAUUUCUUGACUUCCGGAUGAUGUAUAUGGUGAAAGCCGAUAGGUGAAAAAUUUAGGGUUUGUUCUAAUUAAUUGUGCAUAGCUUGAUUGAAGAGUAAA